AUGCAGCUCACCCAAGCCCAUUCCGCCACCCUGGCGGGAUGGCGUAGCAAACUGAUCGGGGUAAUUCGCCCUGCAGUCACCACGCGCAGGGUGGUGCUCGCCGAGGCCCCGCGCCGCGGCGCCACCCAGGCCGCAGUCGCGAACCGGGUUGAUGCCCGCACUGCCGCCGCCGCGGACGCCAUUCUGCGCUCCCCCCUGGCGCUCGACCUCAGCGCCGACUCCCGCCUGGCCAUCGUCGCCCGCAACCUGGAUGAGGAUGAGAUUUCUGAGGCCGCCGUGCGCCUGGUGCGCGAGCACGGCCUUAUGCUGGCCAAGUCCAUGAUUGCCGAGGACCCCACGGUCCUGUCUGGCUCCAACUCUGAGGACGUGGCCAUUUUCAAGGCCCUGCAGGUGGGCAUUCUCAGCCGGGCUUUGCGGGCCACGCCGCCCCGGCCGCGCCCCGCGCGGCCCGGCCGCGGCACUAGAUGCCCCCUGUCAGCGCCACGGCGACACGGGCGCGCGACCCGGCCGUCGGGCCUGCAUUGGCGCGCAGGCGGCCCCUGGAAGCCCUAA